AUGAGCUGCCUGGAUGUUAUGUACCAAGUGUACGGGCCGCCCCAGGCGUACUUCGCGGCAGCCUACAGCCCCUAUCCCCCGAAACUCGCCUUUUACUCCAAAAUGCAAGAAGCCCCGGAGAGCGGCAGCAGCGCCAGUACCAGCAGCUCCUUCUCCGGCCACGCCGCCGCCAGCAUCAAGGAGGAGGACUGCGGCCCCGAGAAGGAGCGACCCCCCGAGGCCGAGUACAUCAGCUCCCGCUGCGUGCUCUUCACCUACUUCCAGGGAGACAUCAGCGCCGUGGUGGACGAGCACUUCAGCCGGGCCCUCAGCCAGCCCAGCAGCUUCUCCCUCGGCAGCGCCAAGGCGAGGAACGCCGGCUCCUGGCGGGCUCGACGUUACUCCUUCUGUGGUGGAUCCCUUCUGAGCUGACGAGCUGACUCAAAGCCUCCCAGACCCCCCUUGCCCUUUUCCAAGCCCACCGUGGCCCUGCAGCUCGGGGAAAGACAACGGGACUUAAGGCGACCUGGCAUUGCAAGGACAGUCCUUUAGACUUAUUUUGGAGAGGAAAACUCUUCUAUUGAGAGAGGAG